AUGGUGGCUUUUCACAUUUAUAGAGCUGUGCAAAUUGUAGUGAAGAAGAUAUCUGUUCUACCUCGCCACACCAAGGUGGUUGUCACCAGGAAUAACAGAACGAAAUUUGUACUUGUUGGCCUCCGAGGCGUUGUCAAGAAGGCUGUUGGGCUUGGAGAAUGGCCGGCUGUGUUGGGUAUAGUGACAGGGAAGGGAGAUGGCCGGCUGUGUUGG